AUGACUGAAGAACUUCAUAUUGAAACCGAGAAUCCGUCACAUUUAUUUUGGGUUCCUGCUCAUUUACAUCCAGAAAUUGCUCCCAAUGAAUUUAUGAAAUGGUUAAAAACUCACGCAAAAGAAGGUUUCAGUUCUGAUUUAAAAGAUUUAUCAAAGUCUAAAUUGGAAUCGUAUGAAUUAGCAUAUGAUGGAAAUAUUAGCCCAGCAAGCGAAACCAACAAACUGAAUCUUCUAAGGAGAAGUAUAAGUUUAAAUAUACCAAAUAUGAUGGGAUCGAAUUUUGAUCCAAGUGAUCCAAACAUAUUUGACAGACACUCAUCACCUGAUGUUGAUUCGCCCAUUCUAGUACCAAGAAUGAUGCCAGCUCUUAAACGUGCUGCCCGUACCAAACUUCGUAGAAAUUCAGUUGCCGGUGAACAAAAUCCAAGAAGAUUUUCUUAUCAUCGAAGAACAAAGUCAACUCAUUCUCCUUCCAAUAAAAAUAACAGUAGUAAUAAUAUUCAGCAACAUGCAAAUUUAUUAAAUGUCCCUAAAAUUUCUGUAACAGAUUCACCAUCACAACUUUCUCAAUCAAUUGAAGAUAUUGAACCAAUUAAAAACGAGACUAUUAUUGAACUUGAUUGUAUAGAUGUGAAAGAUGGUUCAGGACCUAUAAGAAUCACAUUAAAAGACGACGAAACCAAAUUAUCAUCAUCAUUACCAUCGCUUUCAUCGAAUAAAAGAUCAAAUUCAUUACCAGUUGAUGCUCUUGAUGUUUCGCAAGAAAAUCGUACACCAGAAACUCGUAGACCUUUGGCAGAAAAAUUAAAACUACGCGUUAAUACAUUAUCAAAUAAAUUAAAUAGCGUCACAUCAAAAUCAUCCUCAACGAAAAGAUCUUCUGCCUGGAGUUACCUUUUACCUUGGUCAUCUAAUUCUGACGAAUCUAAAAAUAAAAAGCAAAAAUCCGAUAAAUUUGUUGAAAAAUCCGAUAUUGACAAUCGCAUGCUUAGUGUUGUUGAUAAUAAUAAUAAUGUUUCGGUUCGCGCAAUUUAUCGAUUGUCACAUAUUAAAUUGGCAAAUCCUCGUCGUCCACUGCACGAGCAAGUCUUGAUAUCUAAUAUGAUGUUCUGGUAUUUGUCAUUGAUUAACAAACAACAAAUGGAACAUGGUGAAAACAAUAACCCAAAUGUUCAACAUGCACAAAAAGAAACAUUGAAGGCUAAAAGUAAAAUGGGUAAGUCGAUUGGAGAAAGAAAAAGAAGAAAAGCAGACAAAAAAGCUGCAGCCGAGGCGAGACGUCGAGGUGGUGGUAGUAAUGCUGAGAUAGCAUACAAAGCACCACAAUAUGAUAUGCUACAGUUUUCACAACAAUUCAUCACUCCGCCAAUGUCGCCCGUUCAAUAUUCAUCAUCACCCCAUACCAAGGAAAAUGAAUAUUCAGAUGUGAACAACGGUAAUGGCAAUGGUAAUAAUGAUGCCAUUGAUGAAAACGAAGAUGUCGAAGGUCGUCAACCUCCUUCUAAUCAAUAUCAUCAUUUUAGAGAUUCAUAUACAUCUGAUGGUACAGAUGGUGGAUAUCUCGAGGAAGCGGAAGCAGGCGUAGGAAAUGUAGGAGGAAGUGAUAUAGGGGACAACAAUUUAUUAGUAUCAAGACCUCGGUCUUCUGGUGCAGAUACCUUAAAUCCUUAUAAACAUAAUAAUACCGAUACCCAAAUUGGUGAUGAUGAUGAUGUUCCAUUAGGACUUUUUCAGAAUAAUUCAACUCCUACCACUAAAUAA